AUGGAUGAAACUACACCAGGCAAUGUGCUUCGCCCAGAUCAUGGUCGAUCACUGGCGUGCUUCUACUGGACAUUGAUGGAACUACCGUCCUGGUUUCGGAGCCGCCACUGUGGCUGGUUUUAUUUCGGGCUUUUUCCUCUGUCGCUGGUGGAGCACGUAGCAGGUGGCUAUUCUUUCCUGUUUGCCUUCAUGGUGAAAACAUUCUUUGGCAAAGGAUUGCUAGCAUGGGAUUUCGACAGGACAGGCAUUUGCUGCAAAUCAAGUGGUGGAGACUUCAUUUUGAAAGCGCGUUUCGGGGCCCUACUUUCAGACGAGAAAGCAAUGAAAGAGCUCUGGUGCACGAAAGGUGCUAGUUCCUACAAGCCUUGCCACCUGUGCAAGAAUGUGAUGGGCCGGGUGGACCUGCCAGACCGCGGCUACUUGGCGCACUACACUUGCACAGAUUCAAGCCGCUUUGAUUUGCAUACUGCUGACAGUUUCCGGACUAUGGCACAGAAUCUGAAGCUUGAAGCUGGCAACCUGAGCAAAAAAGACUUCGAGCGAUUGGAGCAAUCUUACGGGCUUGUUUUCGACCCUCUUGGCAUCUUGUGGUGUGAAGAUUUGGGAGGCAUUGUCAACCCUGUAUCACACACCUACUGGGACUGGAUGCAUAUAUUGAUGGCCUGUGGUGGGAUUGCUCAGUAUGAGUUCAAUCAAUAUGCUAGGCGCCUUUGCAGUGCUGGCGUGUCCUUGCGGGCCCUUGACGAUCUUGCUGCGGAGAUUGUGUGGCCAAAGGGUGCUUAUUGGUCAAAGAAAUAUUUCCAAAAGCGUGUGGUGGAUAAAGACGGUGCCCAUUUAAAGGCGUUUGCCAAUGAGCUUUUCCAGUUGACGGACAUUUGGCGCUUAAUACUCCAGCUGGUGGUGCGCCCGGCUGGCAUCCUGGAGCUGGAAACCAGAAGUUUAGAGAGCAUGAUGAAAAUCAUUGACAUUUUGUCAAUGCAGGAAGAGGCGUUGCCUCUUGUUGGUGACUUGGAAAUCGAAAUUGCCCAGCACCACGCUUGGUUUCUAGAACUUUACCCGGAUUGCAACAAGCCGAAAACACACUGGCUACGACAUGUUCCGUCCUUGUUCAGGGAGUUUGGCUGCAAUCUCAGCUGCUUCAGCCCUGAGAAGAAGCACAAGGGAGUGAAGCAGCUGGCGCUUUUGAUUUCUGCCAACGUUGAGAAAGGAGUCUUGUACCGCGCAGUUGCAGAAAAUUUCUCUUCUUUCUCCAAUGAUGAAAAUAUGCUGCGCCCUAUUUUCCUGGAACGGGCGCAGGACAUGGAAGCUGAGUGGCUGCGGGCAUUCUAUCCGGACAUGCAAGAAGCGAAGGUUUCAAAGACACUGCGUUUUGAAGGUGGGCGGGUGUCAGCAUCAGAUAUGCUAUGGUUUCCGGCUACAAAGCACCUUGCUCAGGCAUCCUUCUUUUUGCAGGUUCGGCUUUUGAACACCUCUGAGUUCUUGAUCCACGGGGACUUAUAUCAGCAGGCUCGCCUUCAAUCUUUGCAAGGCUCGCCUGCAGAGACUUGCGCCAUGAGCGCCGCUAGCGAAGUGCCUGCUACUGCCACUGCAGAAGCUCUCCCCGAAUCUGCGGCCAGUGAAGCUACCGAAGCGGCUUCUCCAGCUGAGACGGCAACAUCUUGUGCAGAAACGCCUAGUGGCGUAGUUCCUCUGGACAAGGUGGAGACCGGCCCUGGACUUCCAGCAGAAAAUUUGUGUCCCACCUGCAGGAAGCCUGUCUCUGAGGAGAAUGGUGUGGUUGUGGCACGGGCAGUGGGGAAGACAGAGCAGGCGGGACCGGACCUUCUGACCAGGCUCCAGGAGACAGUGACGGAAAGCAAGAAGACCAGCAGCGCCGUCUCCUUCGAGGGCACCGGCGAUUUCCUGGACGAGAUAGAUUUGGAGGAGAAGUACAGGAACAAGCCAGAUCAAUUGGCCGCUAUUAAGGCCAACACCCGGACCUACUUCUGUCCAGUUCGACAGGUGCAGCUUUUCGAGGAUGUGAAAUAUAAGCGCACGGCUGUGGAGACCGAGGAGUACGCGAAGGUGCAGAAGCGCAAGAGGCAAUCAAUUCCUCUUGAACAAGGUGAACGUGAUGAGACGGCUGCAGAUUCGAGCCAAUGCAAGAAGGGCAAGAAAGAAGCAGCCAAAAGUGAGCUGCCGAAGUUGAAGGCUGGAGGCAAGAAAAAGAUUUCCAAGAAAGUGGAACUGAUGAACGCAAAGAAGCUGCAGCUGAUGGAUUGGAACUGCAAAGCGCGUGGUGACAAAGUCAAAGACUUGGUGCCUGGCUAUGUCGUGAAGGCUUCCACAAAGCUGGUGGAUGACGCUGUGGCCUUUGGGGUUGAAUGCGACAGCAUUCUUGAAAGUGGCCAUGGCGACGCAGAUGAGGUCAUCAAGAAGGCAGACUCUUUCAUGGAGCAGCUGACAGAGAUGAUGGGCUGCGUCAAGUGCCAAGUGGAUCAGGCGCAUGCUUUUGUUGCCACUGGUGCGAGCGGCCAGGAGUGUGGAGGCUCGCCCCAGCUGCAGACAUGCGACGGCUCGCCCCAAAGAAAGCGAAGGAGCGGAGGUGAAGAAGCGCCGCGCAAGCAGCCACGCAGCUCCAAAGAUUUAUCCCCUGUUUCAAUGGGCGCUGAAACUUUGACCCUCGACUUUUGGGAAGACAGAGACAUAGAGGUGGGCGAGGACACCCAGCAAUUCCCUGAGAAUCCAUCGAUCGACUAUGAGCUUGCAUACACAGACUGGAUGUUGUCCCAGUUGUCUGAAAAGGAUGGCACGUGCAAGUGCAAAUGGGUAACCCAUGGCACUCGCUGGCAUCGAUGGGUUUGCUUUGGCAUCGAUGGGUUUGCUUUCUCUGCAAAUAUCCGGGACCCCAAUGAGGCUGCGGGGGCAGUCCUAGCCAUCCACAUUAGCAAUGGGCUGUCAUGCUGCGGAAUAGACGGUGCUGGUUGGUCACUCCGAGCUAUGGGGGUGCCCUUUACACCAAACAACGUAUACGACCUGGAGACGCGAUACAAGGAGUACUGGCAGGGCAUGGUUGAAGAAGGCUCGCCUCUUCAUUUCGGAAAGCACAAUGGUGACAUUGUCCAGGUCCAGCUGUCGGACUUGGAGCGCCCGGUGCAUGUGCUUUGCAGUGGCCCGCCAUGCCCGCCUUGGGCAGGAAAUGGCAACAAGAAAGGUGUGGAAGACUUCCGAGCAAAAGCUUUUCUGGCUAUUGUGAAUAUAGUGGCUUCGCUAGCCAAGUGUGGUGAGCUGCAAGCAGCGAUCUUGGAAAAUGUCCAAGGCAUUUUACACCGCCAAGGUGGCGAAGAAAGUUUCAUGUCAAAGCUUCUGCACAUUUUGCAAGAAGAAGUGCAGGAAUUUCUCUGGCAGGUGGACACCCUCAAGGCGGUGGACUACAAGCUAGCACAGGACAGAACGCGUGUGUUCUUGCGUGGGAUCCGGAGCAC